AUGGCAUCAGCUGCUACACCAGCGUUUCCUUCUACCAAGGAGACAACCAACUAUGCUCGACUCUGUCGCCUUCUGGUGGAUGUUGGAUCCAAAGCCUUGAGAAACACUUUUGAUGCCAUUCACCCUCCUGCAGGACUUCACACAGUUUUGGGGCGUCACCCAGUGCAUGCAAAACUAAAGUCUCUAAAGUACAAGAGGGUCUUGAAUGCUACGCAAUGGGGGAAGCUGUAUCCAACUAUUCCAUCAUCUGUUUCAUCAGCAGAGUUCGAUAUCACAGUACUGAUGGUGUUACUGAGGAACAUCUGUAAAUUGGCCCCUCCCAGCACCGGAUGGGACAGUCUUCCCCCUCCUGCAGACGCGAGUAAGCAGGCCAACAUCGCCAGGCUGAAAUACUACCGUAAUACUGUGUAUGGCCAUGCUAGCCAAGCCUCUGUGGACGAUUUUGCAUUCAACAACUACUGGCAGGAGAUUAGCAAUGCCAUAGUAGGACUGGUAGGAGCAGGUUAUGGAGCCGCUAUCAGUAAGCUUAAGAAUGGGUGCAUGGACCCUGACACUGAAGAACACUACAGGCAGCUGCUGAAGCAGUGGAAGGAAGAUGAAGACAAUAUUAAAGAAAAGCUCCAAGAUAUUGAAGGUAAACUGACGAAUGACUUUGAGUGGAUGAGAACUGAAGUUGGAAACCUACGUGAUAAACUGGACACUUUAAUGGUGCGACAACAUGAAGCACAAGAUCAGGAAAAAGUGAGAAAUGACAUUGAUCAGAUGAGAAGUGAAGUUGGAAACAUACAUGACAAGUUGGAGAGUUUCAUGAUGGCCCGACAAGAGGAAACGCAACUUCAAGGGGACAUCAAAAAUUACCUUGAUCAAAUCAAAAUUGAUUUUCGAAACGUGAGUCACAGGUUGGACGAUUUGGAGGCAAAACAAAGAGCAACUGAGCAGCAAGAUGGAUUUGACCCAACUGUAAUUAUUGAUAAUAUUCGUCAACUCUACAAAAAUCGGGAAGGUUGGCUGGCACCGUUUCCCUGGUGUGAAGAUUUUCACUUCUCCUUUGACGACAUCUACACCAGACUUAAAGUCAUUUACAGAGAAAAAACGAAAGGAACAGCAACAGACCGAGUUGUCACGAUGUCUGAAAUCUUCAACCAGCACGAAGAAUGUGAAGAACCAAGAGUUGUGUUAAUUGAAGGGAAGCCUGGUAUGGGAAAGACCACUUACUGUAAAAAAGUUGUUUUCGACUGGGCCUCAGGAAAACACGCAACCGGAAAUUGCUUCGCAAACAUCGUAAUAGUGCUUUUGAUCAAAUGUCGUGAUGUUCAGUCUGGCCUUUGGGAGGCCAUUGAAGAUCAACUUCUGCCUCGAGAAGUUGGUGAAGACGAACGAGAGAAGUUCUUCGACUUCAUUCGCCACAAUCAAUCUAAUGUUCUUCUGGUACUCGAUGGAUUGGAUGAAGUUUCUGAGAAGAAGCUACCUAUGUUUUCACAAAUUAUUCAAGGCCGAGUACUGCCAAACUGUCGCGUGGUUGCUACGGCACGACACGAAGCUGGAGUGAAAGUUCGAAAAUACUGCGACACGCUGCUAGAGGUUAAGGGAUUUACUAGAAAAGAUGUAAAAACCUUCAUCAGAAAUUACUUUAAAGCACAACAAAACUUGGCCGAGCAGCUUAUCAAACACCUGUCGGGUGAUUACAAGUUACAUGAAAUAUUGACGAAUCCUCUCAACACUGCGCUUCUUUGCCUGGUUUAUGAAGAUUUGAAAGGUAUAUUUCCUGAGAGCAGAACGAAGCUGUACAUGGAAAUAGUGGAGUGUGUACUAAGAAGGUACAGAACAAAGCAGCAACUACCAGAAAACGGUGAAGACCUUGUUGACCUUUACGAAAGCCAAUUGAAACACCUUGGUUCGAUAGCUUUGAAAGGUUUACUUGAAGACAACUUGGAUUUUGACGAGAAGGAGCUUGGAAAACACAAAGCAAGCGAUUUACCUGGAUUUGGAUUUCUGUCAGUUCAGCCUGGAGGCAGUAAACUAAGACCAACUAGACGUUAUAGCUUUCUUCACAAGACUUUCCAAGAAUUCUUCGCAGCAUUCUAUCUAAGUUGUCAGCUUAUCCAGAAAGAAAUCAGUACAAACAGCAUAGCUGCUGGCAAAAAAUAUCGCUAUCAACUAAAAGAAGUACUUCUGUUCACAUUUGGUAUGCUAGCAGCACGAUGCGAGGAAACAGUGGUGAACCUUCUGAAAAGCAUAGCAACACAGUUAAACUGGGAAGAAGGGGAAGACGUGGACGUUAUAUUAGAGUGUGUUAAUGAAUGCAAAAAGAAGAACAAAAAUGUUGAUGAAAAAUUGGCUACCGCUCUUGGCGCUUCUCUUCAAACUGAAACUGUUAAAGUUUCAAUUGUAAAAGUGGAUGAAACUCUAGCUGUCUUUUUAAGCAACUUUCUGAAAACAAAUACAACUGUGACAAACUUAACAUUGAAUGAAUCUUCGCAAGAUGGGGUUGCCGCUCUGGCAGAGUGUUUGAAAUAUAAUGCAUCGCUGGAAACGUUGAGCUUGAGGGGUAAUGGAAUUGGUAAUGAUGGUGCUGCUGCUCUGGGUGAGUGUUUGAAAUAUAACAAAUCGCUGACAACGUUGAAUUUGAAAUGGACUAAAAUUAGUGAUGAUGGUGCUGCUGCUCUGGGUGAGUGUUUGAAAUAUAACAAAUCGCUGACAACGUUGGAUUUGAGUGAGAAUGAAAUUGGUGAUGGUGCUGCUGCUCUGGGUGAGUGUUUGAAAUAUAACAAAUCGUUGACAACGUUGAAUUUGAAAUGGACUGAAAUUGGUGAUGAUGGUGCUGCUGCUCUGGGUGAGUGUUUGAAAUAUAACAAAUCGCUGACAACGUUGAAUUUGAAAUGUACUAAAAUUUGUGAUGAUGGUGCUGCUGCUCUGGGUGAGUGUUUGAAAUAUAAUGCAUCGCUGGAAACGUUGAGCUUGUGUUAUAAUGGAAUUGAUAAUGAUGGUGCUGCUGCUCUGGGUGAGUGUUUGAAAUAUAACAAAUCGCUGACAACGUUGGAUUUGGGUGGUAAUGUAGUUGGUGAUGAUGGUGCUGCUGCUCUGAGUAAGUGUUUGAAAUAUAAUGCAUCGCUGGAAACUUUGAGCUUGUAUCAUAAUGAAAUUGGUAAUGAUGGUGCUGCUGCUCUGGGUGAGUGUUUGAAAUAUAACAAAUCGCUGACAACGUUGGAUUUGGGUGGUAAUGUAAUUGGUGAUAAUGGUGCUGCUGCUCUGGGUGAGUGUUUGAAAUAUAACAAAUCGCUGACAACGUUGGAUUUGAAUUAUAAUGUAAUUGAUGAUGAUGGUGCUGCUGCUCUGGGUGAGUGUUUGAAAUAUAGCAAAUCGCUGACAACGUUGGAUUUGGGUGGUAAUGUAAUUGGUGAUGAUGGUGCUGCUGCUCUGGGUGAGUGUUUGAAAUAUAACAAAUCGCUGACAACGUUGGAUUUGAAUUAUAGUGUAAUUGAUGAUGAUGGUGCUGCUGCACUGGGUGAGUGUUUGAAAUAUAACAAAUCGCUGACAACGUUGGAUUUGAGUAUUAAUGUAAUUAGUGAUGAUGGCGCUGCUGCUCUGCGUGAGUGUUUGAAAUAUAACAAAUCGCUGACAAAGUUGGAUUUGAGUGAUAAUGAAAUUGGUGAUUAUAGUCUUGCUGCUCUGUGUGAGUGUUUGAAAUAUAACAAAUCGCAGAUAAAGUUGGAUUUGAGUGAUAAUGAAAUUGGUGAUGAUGGUGCUGCUGCUUUGGGUUAGUGUUUGAAAUAUAACAAAUCGCUGACAACGUUGGAUUUGAAUUAUAAUGAAAUUGGUGAUGAUAGUGCUGCUGCUCUGGUUGUUACGUAGGAGUGUCAUCCACAUGUGACAAUACUUGCAAUAAAUAGAACCCCUCUAGGACAUGGCUACCUUGCCUUAUGACCAAGCGUUUACGUCAGGAAUGAGCAGCGAUUAAUGACUCUGACCUGAACAGGGUAAAUGUACAGUAGCU